AAGAAAUGCUUCUUUAGUUAUAGUUUGCCAUAUUGUUAGAUAUUCACCUAGCUCUCGGUGUUGUGCGAGUUAAAGACGUACUUCCUCGCAGGUUGAUUAAAAGAGAGAAAGUACAAAACACUAAUCCUUCAAACAUAAAUGACAAAAGGUGUUUCUAGUUUUUCUUCAUCGAAAGUGUUUCUUCGGCUUGUUCUCGUUCUCGACACAACCUCUUCUCCUUCUCCGGAGAUUGAUCUGCGAAAAAGAUACCUUAAAUGGCCGCUAUGGAUCCGAGAAAUAAUGGUUACGUUGCUCCGCUAAAUGAGCAGGAGAGAGAUGAAGAUAUUGAAGUUGGUGAGGUGGUAGAGGUUCAAGAUAACCAAAGUGUGGCAUCUCUCAAGUCCAACGAUUCUGACCUUAAGAAGAAGACUAAUGAUGAUGAUACAAAGGAGAAAGGUGGCUGGACUAACGCACUCAUUUUGCUAGGAAAUCAAGGACUAGCGACACUAGCCUUCUUUGGUGUGGGAGUGAACCUUGUACUCUUCCUAACGCGUGUUAUGGGACAAGGCAAUGCAGAAGCUGCAAACAAUGUAAGCAAGUGGACAGGAACAGUAUACAUGUUUUCACUUGUGGGUGCAUUUCUCAGCGACUCUUAUUGGGGUCGUUACUUGACAUGCACUAUCUUCCAAAUCAUCUUCGUCCUUGGUGUGAGCCUCCUCUCUUUCACUUCUUGGUUUUUCUUGAUCAAACCUAAAGGUUGUGGCGAUGGAAACUUUACAUGCGACCCUCCGUCUUCCCUCGGCGUUGGUAUCUUUUAUUUAUCCGUUUAUCUCGUAGCGUUUGGAUACGGUGGUCACCAGCCAACGCUGGCUACUUUCGGUGCAGACCAGUUUGGUGAAAAUGAUAAAACCUCCAAAGCUGCGUUUUUCAGCUACUUCUACUUUGCACUCAACGUUGGAUCUCUCUUUUCGAACACAAUCCUUGUUUACUUUGAGGAUAAAGGGUUGUGGACUUUAGGGUUUUUGGUGUCACUAGGCGCUGCCAUUAUCGCAUUGGCAGCCUUUCUCGGCCCUACAAAACGUUAUCGUUACGUCAAGCCUUGUGGGAACCCUUUACCACGCGUGGCGCAGGUGUUCGUGGCUACUGCUCGGAAGUGGAGUGUUGUUAGGCCUGCAAACCACCAGGAGUUGUAUGAAGUUGAAGGUCCUGAAUCUGCCAUUAAAGGAAGUAGAAAGAUAUUUCACAGUUCCAAGUUUCUCUUCUUGGAUAGAGCAGCAGUUAUAACAGAUGAUGACAGGAGCGGGACAAGGAACAACGCAUGGAGGUUAUGCAGUGUAACACAAGUAGAAGAAGCAAAAUGUGUGAUGAAGAUGCUCCCUAUAUGGCUAUGCACUAUAAUCUACUCAGUGAUCUUCACACAAAUGGCAUCAUUGUUCGUUGAGCAAGGUGACGUGAUGAAUGCAUCCAUCGGCAAAUUCCACAUCCCCGCGGCGAGCAUGUCAGUCUUCGACAUAUGCAGCGUCCUAAUAUCAACAGGAAUCUACCGCCACGUUAUAUUCCCAUACGUGAGGCCCACGGAACUUAUGCGGAUGGGUAUAGGUCUAAUCAUAGGGAUAAUGGCAAUGGUGGCCGCAGGAUUAACAGAGAUCCAACGGCUUAGACGUGUCGUCCCUGGUCAAGCGGAGAGUGACCUCACCAUUCUAUGGCAAAUACCUCAGUACGUUCUUGUGGGAGCGAGUGAGGUGUUCAUGUACGUUGGACAGUUAGAGUUCUUCAACGGACAGUCACCAGAUGGGUUAAAGAACUUAGGAAGCUCGUUGUGCAUGGCUUCGAUGGCGUUAGGUAACUACGUGAGUAGUAUGAUGGUGAAUAUUGUUAUGGCUAUAACCGCGAGAGGUAAGAGCCAUGGGUGGAUACCUGAAGAUCUAAAUGAAGGUCAUAUGGAUCGGUUUUAUUUUCUGAUUGCGGUAUUAGCUGCUAUUGAUUUCGUGUUUUAUUUGGUGUUUGCGAAGUGGUACCAACCCAUAAGCCAUGAUGAAGAUAGCAUCAAGGGAACUGGUGUGAAGAGGAAGGCUAUCUCAGAGUUGGACCAAGUUUAAAUUUUAUUUUCUAUUUAGUUUUUUAGCUACAAGUCA